CUCGCAGGAACCAAUUACGCGGCGGCUUGUUGGACGUGAUCAAAGCAGCCUGGGAUUGGACAGGUGGUGAGUGGUGGUGGGAGGAGAAGAGCCCGGCAAGAUGGCGGACAGGACGGGGGUGGAUAUCAGCAAACUGAAGUUGACUGAACUAAGACAAGAAUGUGUUUCAAGAGGAUUGGAUGCUAAAGGAAACAAGCAGGAUCUCAUCCAGAGACUGCAGGCUUACCUGGAAGAACAUGCUGAAGAAGAAGUGAAUGAGGAAGAUGUUCUAGCUGAAGAUACAGAGGAGGAGGAACAGCAGCAAAAAGUUGAGCCAGAAGUUGAAGGUCAAACUGUUGCUGUCAAGGAACCAGAAGAAAUUGUAGCAAAGAAGUUGGUUAAAAUAAUGGCACCAAUGACAGAGAGCGAGAGGUUAAAGAAAAGAGCAGAGCGCUUCAAUGUACCAGGGACAACUGAGAGUAAGAAAGCUGCUCGUGCUGCACGAUUUGGGCUGCCUAUUGCAACAAAAGGUACUUCUGGGAAUAUCAAAACUGUGAUCAGUGCAGAAAAAUUGAGAGAGAGGGCUGAAAGAUUUGGUAUGAAUGUAUCAUCAAUCUCAAAAAAGACUGAAGACGACGAGAAGAUGAAGAAGAGGAAGGAGCGAUUUGGAAUUGUGACCAGUUCAGGAGGAGGUGGCGAUGAUGUAGAGGCAAAGAAGAGGAAAAGAGCAGAACGUUUUGGGAUUGUCUGAUAACACCUUGCUUUUUUUUUACCAAGAAUAUUUUAAACGUGUAUCAAGUAGAUUUUUUUAGGAUACUUUUUAAACUGAAAAUGUGCUUUAUUUCCCUAUUGUGUAUCAGUUUGCAGUAAUGGUGUUUGCAAGGUGUCAGAAAUUAGAUGACUAUUUAAUUACAACUGCUAGAUUUUACAAUUGCUUCAAGGAAUAAGAUGCUGUGAUGGCAUGGACCACACAUCACUGUUGCAGCCUGGAGAUAAUCUUUGUGGAACUUUGUGCAGGUACUGUACAAUUGAGUGGAAUUUGUGAAUUAAAGAGGUUGUGUUUUUGUUUAAAAACAUUGCAAGCUGAGAAAAAAAAUCUUAAUUUGUAAAUGCAAGUGCACGUGAUUUUUGUCGUGAAUACUAUUGCCUCACCAUGUUUUUAAGCAUUUAAGUGAAGUAAAACCUUGAUGGACAGAGCAGGUGGGGGGUGUUGAUCAAGACUGAUGUGGGGAUCUCUUCUAUGUGGGUUAUGCCAGAGACAUGAUGCAAGCUGUUCCAGAAGUUAAGGCUACUUAAAGAAGAUGCACCAUACAACCUAUUCCUCAACCCAUUGCUGAACAUUUAAAUUUCAUUGAGCACAAAGGGUAGUUUUAUGACUUUUUUUUAUAUAUAAAGACAGAUGGUGGUUAAUAUUUUCUAUGAUAUUUGAGUGUGAGCAUCGAACAAAAUGGGCUUGGAGAUAUUGGUAACUAUCAUGGACAUCAACUGCCAUCCAUCCGAUCACUUUCUAAUUUAUACUUCAUACCACAUGACUGGUCAUUAUUCAUUCUCUGUCCAACCAAAAGAUGGUGAAAACCUGAUGACCAGGGGUCACUUAAUUUUUUUUAAAGAAAACUUGGGCAGCUUGUUGUACUAAGAUUGUGCACAGGUGUUUGUCUUGUUAUUGUAAACUGCCGGCUAUGUUUUUUUUAUAUAGAAAUACCUGAAGUAAUUGAGACUCCAAACUUGUGUAUCUAAUCAAGAAAUGAGAUUGAUUUGUGUCUCUUGCUCCUUUUGCUUCAUUAUGGCUUUAUUUUGAUCCCUAUGAUGGAUGACGGCAACCAGCAUAAAAUACAUCUUUAAUGGUGGGAUUAUUUUUUAAUGUUUUGUUUACUUUACUAAAGGACUAAUAGCAGAUUAGCUGGUCCAUAAGUAAUGGAUAGUAAAAUAACAUUGGGUGAUAUCCAGUGUGCCAUGUACAGAUGUGAAAUAACCUCCUAAACCCUGUUGUACAGAAUUUUUAUUUUGAAAUUCGGUUGGCCCAAAGCAUUUUAGUCUCCAAGCACCUAACUAUCCCUUUUUUUUUAAUUUAGAAAUAAAACAAAAAAAAGACAUUCCAUUCUCUUUUCUUUCCACCUCUUUCUUCAACAAGGCUUGAUUUACUGGAACAAUGAAUAUUUGAUCAUUAACUGGUGGUAUGUGAUAGAAACCUGGUGACUUGUAUCAUACAGACUGGCAGGUAGUGUGAUGUAAUAUAAUGCAAAAGUCUUGUCUAUGCAUCAUUCACAUCCAACUACUUUAUAAAUUUGCAAUUUUUUUCCUGUUAGAUGUAUCUACACAUGGUUUGGAUUGUAAUUGGUUUGAAGCCUGUUUUCUCACUUUUAAAAAAAAACUCCCUCCAAUUCCCAAUAAAGUCAGCUUUUCAA